AGUGCACCCGGUGCACAAUCUGGCAUCACUGUCAGCAAGAUUGCUAAUACUGGCGCAGGCCGCAGACUCACAGUGGAGCAGACAACUUCGUGACGUGAGCGUCUCAUGGGGUUGAAUAUGUUUCGCACUAUUAUGUUUUCGCCCACCGUUGGUCAGGGUUUAACAUCCCUGAUACGUGGCAAUGUAGCCCUGACAGGAUGUCCUGCCUCUUUGGCAACUCAGGCCAGGGAUAUGAGUACAUUACCAGAAAAGGUUAAAAGGAAAUCUUACAGUCCUUUCCAAAAUACUAACAACUGGGGAGAGUAUGCAAUGGCACGAGUAGACGAUCUGAUAAAUUGGGGUCGCAAAGGAUCGAUAUGGCCGCUGACAUUCGGUUUGGCUUGUUGCGCCGUCGAGAUGAUGCAUAUCGCUGCACCCAGAUACGAUAUGGACAGAUACGGCGUGGUGUUCAGAGCUUCUCCCAGGCAAGCCGACGUUAUUAUAGUGGCUGGCACACUAACGAACAAAAUGGCACCUGCAUUGAGGAGAAUAUACGAUCAAAUGCCUCAUCCGCGAUGGGUAAUUUCUAUGGGAAGCUGUGCCAAUGGUGGUGGAUAUUACCAUUAUAGUUACUCCGUUGUAAGAGGAUGCGAUAGAAUUAUACCCGUGGACAUAUACGUACCAGGAUGUCCCCCAACGGCAGAAGCUUUGAUGUACGGUAUACUUCAAUUACAGAAGAAGAUCAAGCGUAUGGAUCUUGUACAAACAUGGUACAGGAAAUAAUGUAAAUGUACUUUACAUAUGUAGUAUAAUUUAUGUGUACAUAAAAGUGGUAAUCCCUUCUUAAAA